CGUCAAGUUGAACGAGACCACCCAUUGAGGCAAACAACGAACAAGCGCAUCUACCAAAUGCAAGCACUAAUGCAUGUGUGAUUGAGCAAAGCAGACACAGGCGAUGCCUAUCCUUAUAGGGGGAACGAGAGGUUUACAAGGCAGCCGUUUCCAAGGUCGUGGCCAAGGUCGAGGUAGUUUCCUUCUCAGCAGUUUCAGUGCAGGAGGUGGUCCUGGCGGGGCUGGCCUCUUUAAUGGGAGUAUGUUGUCGUCGUCGUUGUCGUCCUCAUUCGUCAGCGGCAGUGGAGGAGGAAUAGGGGGAGGCAGCAGCAGCAGCAGCACCAACAACAGCGGCAUUGGCAGUGGCAGCGGCCCCUUGCCGGACUAUGGCGGCUCCAGUGUGGGUGAUUUUUCUUCACUGAAGGGCUGGGGUGGCAUGAGUAUGCCGCCGGUGUCUUUCCGACUUGGAGCUACCUUGAACAGUAACAGCAGCAAUAGCAAUAACAGCAGCAACAUCGUCAGCAACAACAGCAACUAUUGCUACCAGCCACCACCCAGUAAGCGGCCAAGGAGUCAGGACUAUACCAUUGCCAACUCCUCAGGGGAGUGAGGGAUUGAGGGAGCAAGUCUGUACUUUGACCAAAUCAUUCUGUGUACUUUGUUUUGUUUUUUUUUCCUUCUUGGCUAUAUUGCAUAAAUAUUGUAAAAGUGUCUGUAUGUGUAUGUAUGUGUGCAUGCAUGUGUGUUUGUGAGUAUAUGUGUGUGUGUAUAUAUAUGU